AUGACAUCUCCAGUUGAUACUUUUAAAAAUAGUCUUUUUGGGCAAUUAAAAUCUUAUGGUGAUGCAGUUCAAGGUGCUUUUGAACAACGUAUUGCUCGUCCAUUAAUUGCAUUGAAGCGUGAUUUUGCUCGAUCAUCAUCGUCAAAAACGCACACUUCACCUAAUCGAGAAUCAAUUUUAUCAUCACAACAAACAUCAUUUGUUACACAUCAAGAAUCAUUAUUAUCAUCAUCACCACUUGAAAUAAUUGAUUUUGAAACAAAUGCUUCAAUUAAACCAGUAUUAGAUAAAUCUAUGGAUUCUAUAUCAUCAACAGAACAAAAAAAUUUAGAUGAUAUAACAAUUAAUCAACAACAUAAAUCAAUAAAAGGUCAUCGUCAAUCAUCAAUGAAUUCUUCAUCAAAUAAAAAUCAUCGACAAAAUCGUUUAUGUCACUAUAAAAGUGUUUCAUUUGCUGAACAAAUUCAAUAUGAUAAUGAUAGUCAAGAUUCAAUAAAAGAAAGUAAUGAACAUGAAUUUGUACAUAAUGAUCCUAUUAUAACAACAACAACAACAGAUAUUGACAAAACAAUAAAUACAAUUGAUGAAUCAUCUAUUGUUGAUGAUAAUGAAAAUGAUUUCGAUCAAAAUUUUCAUCAUAUAAUCAAACCACGACGAAUAUCAAUUGGUAAUAGUAAAGAUUUAGUUUAUCAAGAUAUAUCAGCUGAAAUUGUUGCUUAUGUAUUAAAAAAUGCAUUACGAAUAAUAGAAAAAGAAGAUGAAGAUUUCUUAUUGAAAGAAAAUCAAAAAUUACUUACUAACAAUCAACAAAAUGACGAUAUUACUGACUUAAAAUAA